UCACCAUUCCAACGAACCCAAAAACCCCUUUAGAGAGAGAGAGAGAGAGAGAGAGAGAGAGAGAAGGGCGAUGUCGUCGCUGGGGACGUCGAAGGAUUUACUGGAGAUCGGGAAAUUCGCGGUGUACGUCACCGUCCCCAUCGUCCUCACCUACGCCGUCGCCACCGAAUCCAAAACCCUCCACAAGCUCAUGGGCCUUCGUCCUUACGUGGUUUACCCUCCCGAGGGUCCUCGCCCUCCAUCACCGGAAGAACUUCGCGAAAUGGCUCGGGAGAUAGCUCGCAAAAACAACCGUCAGUAAGCGGGGCUACGUUUUCGCUGGUGAUCUAUCUAUCAAUAAACUUUUACAUGCUCUUCUUGUAUCAGAAGCGCCUAGAGGUUUGCAGACUCGUCUAGCCUAUUGAUGAAAAUGGAUGUCGGCGAGAACAUUCAUGGGCGUGCGUGUGCUGGUUAUCGCUAUGCUCGACGAAUCUGCUGACGGUACAAGUUCGCCCGAAUGUUUGCUUUUAUAGGAGUAUCUGCUUUCGAGGAGCUGCUUGUAAUAUUAUAUGAGUUUCUCUCUGUUGCAUGUGCUGGUAUCAUAACGGCAGUAUUGCUGCUGCUUCUUCU